CUGAUUUCUUAUGACGACGCUGAUCGCUGUAUAGACGUAGACACUGCUCUGUAGAGACAGAGCAGCUGUUCUGGCGAGUGUGGCUUUCCUCUUAUCGCGUUAUUCUGUUGCUCAAGCGAUUUUAGCCAAUGGACUGUGAUACUCACCGGGAAACAAUGACAAUAGUUCGUGUCGAGGAUAUACAUCGAUGUUAUAUUAGGUUUUCCGUCGACCGUGUUUGUGAUGGCGUUUUAGAGAGUCAAGAAAGUGGAUCAAGAGUGAGUAGUAAUUUAGAAAUAACUCCACCAUUACAAGAAAACAAAUUAGAUACAGUAAGUACCUCUGGAAAAGACAGAAGCAGAAAUAAGAAGAAAUCUUGGUUUAGUUUCUAUCCUUCGUAUAAAACAAAGUCUGAAUCUUUCAAGAAAAUCUUCAAAGAUGUUCCAGAUGAAAGGUUGAUUGUAGAUUAUGCCUGUGCAUUACAGAAAGAAAUAUUGGUGCAAGGUCGAUUGUAUGUAACGCAAAACUAUUUAUGUUUUUAUGCUAAUAUUUUUGGAUGGGAGACUAAUCUCACGUUGAAAUGGAAAGAAGUAACUUCGAUCACAAAAGAAAAGACUGCACUAGUCAUUCCGAACGCUAUACUCUUAUGUACCAAAGAAGAAAAAUGUUUCUUCACAAGUUUUGUGGCCAGAGACAAAACGUAUCUGAUGUUGUUUCGGUUAUGGCAGAAUGCACUUAUGGAUCAACCUAUGCCUGGCCCGGAAAUGUGGCAGUGGGUUCAUCAAUGGUAUGGGAGUGAGCUUGGUUUAACAAGUGACGACGAAGAUUACAUAGCACCAGACGAGGAUAAAUUAUCAGCUAGAUUGUCACUCGAGUCUUUUUCAGAGGACAUCGCCACCUGCAUAGGCGUCGAGGCACUAAGUGUCAACUCGGACAUAUCUAUCGCCAUGCCGAGCAGGACGGAACCGGUCGCUUUGGAGGCGGCUUCGUCUCAACCGUCCAUCAUCACUCGUCUGAGCACGACCUCAGAUACGCGCAUGGUGGGCGAAUACACAGAUAACUCAGAAACUGAUGAUGAGAAGCCGAGACUAAAUGUUUCCAGGGAACUGUCUACCUGCUGCACGAACAUCCACGAUGCUCGUAACAUAAUGUCAGAAGUGGUUCCAAUCCCCAUCGAUCAGCUGUUCACGCUGCUGUUCACCAGCUCCAAAUUCUACCUGGACUUUCACGCGGCCCGCAAGACUACGGACCUGACACAAACGCCAUGGACACAGAACCCAAUGGACGACAGCAAGAGCCGGGUGGUCAGUUUGACCAUGGCGUUGGCGCAGACGGUCGGACCUAAGUCGGCGCAGGUCACCGAAACGCAGAUUAUGCUGCCUUGUAGUAAACCAGGAGAGCUUUAUGCGGUAGAUAUAGAAACGAUAAACGCAGGCGUACCUUAUGCAGAAAGCUUCUUCGUAUCUGCACAUUACUGCCUACAGAAGGUGUCUGAAACACAUAGUUCAAUUAACGUGUUCGCACAAGUUAAAUAUAAGAAGUCGGUGUGGGGCAUAGUAAAAGCAAUGAUAGAGCGAAACUGCUAUGCGGGCAUGGAGGAGUAUUGCGCAGACUUGACGAAAGCCUUGAAAGCCGAAAGCGAGGAAUUCAUUCCAGAGAAAAAAAAAGCUCGCAGGAAAAGGAGAUUACAUAGUAUGCCUCGACCCAUCGAGGAUAAGACAACUCUUCCGGUGAGGAAGAAAAUUCAUCCUGAGGGAAUGUUUACGACAGAUGUUUGUACCUUGAUUGUAUUCUCAGUAUUGUUAUUAUUGUUAUUUUUAAAUGUGAUGUUGUACUACAAACUGUGGUCGUUAGAGGAGGCACCGCCGUACACGUUCUUGGACUUGCAUUUGUUCAAGAACCCUCCUAAGAGUCACGAGGAUUGGAUAAAAUUACUACAGCAACAAGAAGCGCUGCAUACUAUCGAAUCGCAAAAGUGGCAAAAGCUACUGAAAAAUGCAAUUAAUCUUUUGAAGCAGGUUAGUCUGACAUAAGAAUAACUGGCUGCAUUCAUAUGAUAUGGAUGAACAGUGUACGUAAAAGUUACUAUGAGCUUUUGGAUGAUCAGUGAAGAUUGCCAAACAUCGAGAAUGAAGAACAGUUCAAGAUAGGCUGAAGAAUCUCUAAGUGAAUUGCAGACAUCUAUUCAGACAACGUAUUCCAGUAAAGUCAUAACGAUAUUACAAAAUCAGAACGAGCAACCACUACCAGAUCCAUCUUCCGGUAAUACAGAUGAACUCUAAAUGUUUCAUCUCUCCCAUGUAGCGAUAAUAUUAUUUAUUGUUAUUGUUUUUAUCUAUUUUAUGUCAAGGCGCACUGUGUUAUAUUUUUAGGCUGUUAGAGAAUUUUACAUGUUGUUCCUCUUCACUUAGUGAAACAGAUUAAAACUAUUCCCAAUCA